AGCCUUUUUAGAAAAUACUCUCAGUGUUAGAACACAUUUUUAAAUGUUUAUUUCGUACAUAAACAAAUACAAUUCUAAAAGACGCAGGCCAGCAGGACGAUCCCCAAAAUGAAUGCACAUCAAAAGCUAAUCAAUAAACUGCACACUUGGUGUCAAAUAAACACUGGUCCCGCUGCAGCAGUGCCAAAAGAACCAGCACCAGCACCGACACCAGCGUCUGCAUCAGCUACAGUCAGUGCACCUGCAGCUUCUCCACAACCACAGGCGUGCGUCCUUCACCCCAAAGAAACAGCUGAUUCAGUGGAAAUGCCGACACCUGGUGGACAGAUGACACCGCUGCAGCACAUCUCAUUACUUGCUCGGUUUGGGCUUCUGAAAGAAGAAGAGCCAGCGGGCGUUUCUGCAGGCUUGGAGCAGAAUCUGCAGCCUGCCCAUGUUCUUAGUGAAGAAGUGUUGCACGAGGAUACAAAAGAAGAUUUCUCAACCUCUGCUGCUCCUCUUCCCAGCACCUCAGAGUCAAAGAAAAGAAAGCGUGAAGAAGCGCAGGAUGACGACAGGCCAUACAUAAAGAAGCCGCCUAAUGCCUUCAUGAUCUUUAUGAACAGGCAAAGGGAAAAAGUGCCUGAUGAAUUAAAAGGGAAAAAGAAUCAAUGUGUAUACCUCGGCGAGAAGUGGCAGUCUCUGACAGACGAACAGAGGAAGGUUUAUGGAGAACUGGCCGAGGCUGAAAGACUGCUCCACAACAGACUCUACCCUGAUUGGUCAAGCACUGACAACUACGGCAGGAAGAGGAAGAGGGUGAGGAAGAGAGCUCCUGCUAAACCUGAAGUUGUUACGAGGCCACAUCAUCAGCAGCCAUUGGUUCUGUUUCCAAAGAGGGAGGCAGGAAUGACAGCCUCUCCUCAGACUCUAAAAGUGGCUGUGAUCUACCCCUCCUCCAGACAAAUAAACAUUCUGCAGUCCUUGAACACCAUCUGGGUGAUGAAGCCAAACCCAGAGAUGAUCAGGAUAAAGAAACUAAGCCCUCAGUCUGUUUAUGUGCUGCUCCCACUAGUACAGACUCCCUUGGCUGCACCUGUGUGUAACCUGCCACAGGUGUUAGAGGUCAUCCCUGGGCUCCUACUGCCACAAACUGCGCCUACAUCAUCUCAUAAUCAACAGAAGCAGCUGGACACUGUGGGCUGUGAAACCAGGCAUUUGCAAAAUCACUGUUGUUGUAUGAAAAGCUAAAUGUUUAUGUGGAUAUAUUGUUUUCCUUAAUAAACACAUUAGUUAAAAAAAAGUA